AUGUCUUCGUUGAACCAAACCGCCCAAAUUCUCCGGCAGCUACACAAAUCCGGAAAGCCUCUCGUCCUCGCCAAUGUAUACGACGUACCCUCGGCUCGAGCAGUCGCAAAACUCCCCAGUGCCAAGGCAUUAGCUACGGCAAGCUAUGCCAUAGCUCAAGCAAACAACACUACAGACGAUGACCUCGAUCUAGAAACAAAUCUUCGACACGGCGAACUGAUCGCCGGAGUUGCCCGCGAGUUCAAAAAGCCGCUCACGGUCGAUGUCCAAGACGGCUACGGGGAUCAACUAGAGACAGCCAUCUCCCGUCUCAUCAAAAUUGGGGUCUCUGGUGUCAAUCUGGAAGACUAUGAUAACACUACAAAAAAACUGAUGGAGAAGGACGUUGCGGUCGACCGCAUCAAGCGGGCUAUGGCUGUGGCUAGAAAGGAAGGUGUGCCGGACUUUGCCCUCAACGCUAGAUGUGACGGAUUUCUUCAUGGUCGAGAUCUGAAUGAGGUUGUUAGCCGUGGAAAGGCAUAUCUUGAGGCUGGUGCGAACACGGUGUUUGUGUGGGGGGGGUCUAGAGGUGUAAGCCGGGAUGAGGUGAAGACGCUUGUUGAGGAAUUUGAUGGACGGUUGAAUGUGUUGUUGAAGUUUGCGGAUGAUGGGCUUAGUAUUGCGCAGUUGGCGGAUCUUGGGGUUGCGCGUAUUAGUAUUGGGCCGACGUUGCAGAUUAGGGCCAUGGAGUAUUUGGGGAAGCAGGCUGAUGAGCUUUUGAGUCAAGCUUGA